AUGGCUUUACCACUACAACAAAGAACAAGGCAUGUACAUUUACAUAAAUAUGCUUUGCACCUGAUCAAAUAUUACGAUCAAAAAUUUGGUCAACAUGUGCGCUUUAGGUAUUAUAUCUACAAUCUUAUGAUGAGACAUCGAUCUCAACAAUCAGUUGCUAUGUGCAUUAAGACUAAUCUAGAAGAUAGUCUUCCACACAAUCUUCAUGGUCUAAAAGAAUACUUGCAAAAUAAACCCUCAAAUGAAUUGCCAAAUCAUAUCAUGCGAUAUGCAGCCUCAUUGCGUGGUACACGAGCAUUUUGGAGCAAAUCCCGACGAGACCUUACAACAAUGAUAGAACAGUUAGGUGCACCUACACUGUUCUUUACCUUAAGCUCAACUGAUACAAAAUGGCCAGACUUGCAUAAGUUAUUGCCAAAAAAAAUGUCAACUACUGUGCACAACAACAGAAGACAAUUUAUUGAAAAUUUAGUCAAUAAUCCACAUAUAACAGCUUUAUACUUGCACUUAAGAUUUCAAAUCUUUCAUGAUGAAGUCAUUGUCAAACAGCUGAAAGCCAUUGACCACUGGUACAGAUAUGAAUGGCAACACCGAGGAUCUGCCCAUAUACAUGGCUUUCUUUGGUUGCCAGAAGCACCAAAUAUUGAUAACCUUGAUUGGUCAGAUCAUGCAAGCAUCCAAUCAAUUAAACACUUAUUUGACCAGUACAUCACAACAUGGAAUCCACCAACUAAAGAGGCUCGCUUGAACAAGCAAUAUAUGCCAGCAAUUUCAGAUCCAUGUCUUGCAGAUACAGAGAUUAUAUCUAGGUCUGAUCCUUCCAUUGAUUAUACUAAAUUACUCAAUGUUGUUCAGCGGCAUACAAAGUGUUCAGAGUAUACUUGCUUGAAGAAAAAAAACUCAACACUUGAAUGUCGGUACAAAGUUCCUUGA